CGCGUCGUAGUAUAAAGCACGCACUCGUAACACACUGUAACAUAGGCACUUUUUUAUUAAAAAGGAAACAAAAUAAAAAAUAGACAAAAAAAAAAAAAAACAACACCCUAACUUAACUCACGUAGCUUAUUACACGAAAUAUUAUGACGAGGGUGAAGCUAUAGAAAGCUAGGACGUCAGGGGUAGCUUGAAAAACAUAUUCUAAAUAAUACUCACGUAGAAACAUAAUAUACGCGAGAGUUGGUAACAUUAUAUUUUUCAAACAAAAUAUAACAAUGUGCCGAUCAGUGAACUGGAAACGAGUUAUCCUCGUUUAUGUUUUCCAGAUUUAUUCCUACACAGCCGCAGCGGUAGUCCGCGUGCAUCUAGACGCCCCGAGGUACAUAGAAUAUCGAAGUACGGCGACCCUGACCUGCAACCACAGUGUUUCGGAAAGUGAUUUACAUAAGAUUGAGUUUAUUCGAAAUGGCAACAAAAUAUUCCAGUACAUCAAGGAUCGGAAUCCGCCUAUAAUCGAGCAUACAGUUCCCGGUGCCGAAUUGCAGUUGACGAACGAUAUGAGCGUAAUAAAAUUAAAGAAUAUCGGAUUCGAGGCGUCCGGCGAAUAUUCAUGCGACGUAUCAAUGGCGACGCCGAUUUACACGAAGGGUUCCAACACGGUGGAGAUACAAGUAAUCGUGCCUCAAUCCGGAGAUCCACGUAUAACAUUUAAGAAGCCUCAUUACUUUGUGGGAGAAAUCCUUGAGGCUAAUUGUACUUCGUCCCCUGCACGUCCGGCUCCUCAUUUAACUUGGUUCAUAAAUGGCAAAGAGGUGGACGCUUCGCUGGUUACGAUGUUUUCCAAAAACACGCUUGAACAUCAACUGAUGUCAACGGUUGCUCAAUUGAGCAUUGAAGUUUCAGCUUUACACGCAGGUGAAAAUGGUCGUUUAGAAAUCAGCUGCAAUUCGACAAUACCAACUUAUCCGAUGCACCAUGGACAGUACGCGGAUUGCAAGUCAGAGACUAAGUCAAUUAAAAUAAUUUCCGUUCCUCUCACGUCGGCGGCGUCAGGCAGUUGUUUACCUCGAGGGAACGUCGUCUUGUCGACAAUCAGCGUUAUUAUUAUCGCGAUAUAUAAGGUAAUCAAUUUACAAUUGAUACCCAUAAAACUAUUAGACGUAAAUAUUGUAUUAUAAAUAUAUAUGUAUGUAUAUAUAUUUUAUUAUACGUAAUAUUCAAAGGUGAAACGAUGCAUGGUAACAUGGAAAAAAUUUUGUUCGUAUAUGCGAGGAACCUACGACAUCUCCUCAUAUGUAUUAGAAAAUAAAAUAAUUAUUAUUAUCGUUAACCGUAUAACACUCUAUGGCGUGUUGCAGCAGUCGCAUAUUUCCAUUUUAUCUUGCACUCAUAUUUUCAGACUGUAAAAUAAUAUUUUAUGUGGUGGCAUACGUAUCAAUUUUAUUCAAUGACUUUACCUGUAUCAUCGUAUUCUAUAAGUGUAAAAUAUAUUUUUGGCAUUUUUUUUCUAUUUAUUCGAAAUCAAUCGAUCAUUUGCAAAUAAUGUAUAGAGUGCGUAUGCGAGCGGAUUUUAUUUAUUCAUCAACCUGAUUUUUCAUUUUCAACAAUACUUGCGUUAAUCGUACCGGAUGACAUCAAAUUAUUAAUUAUUAAUUAUCAUAUUUUUGUAAUAACAACGACGCGGGCAUGAAAAAAGUGAGACUCAAUAUUCUACAUAUCGUUCGAAAUUACGUCGUUGAUGCCCAUGCACAUCAGAGUUUCUUUGACUUGCGACAAAUCUGCGCUCAUCGGAACGAACAACAGAUAAAUGAAAUUAUCUAUCUAGAUAGAAAAUUGUUCGAUUUAACCCUUCACCGCGCUACUUUGCAUAUCUGCAUUAUUAUUAACUUUUAAGAAGCGCGAGUCGAAGGGUUGAGUGUAGAAACAUAAAAAUUGCAUGUCUAUCGAAGUUGGAAAUAAUAAAAUAUAUAGUAAAAAAUGUUAUACAUACCAUAUAAUAGAAAUGCAAAUAAGUCUUGCGGACUGAAUUAUAAUUAUACACGUACAGAUACAUGAUAUAUACGUAUAUUAUAUACCAACUGGUACCAUUAACGUGAAUUGACGAUGAAGAAUUAAAAUUUGCUGAUUAUUGCAAAGUUGAAUUAUAAAUAUAUCUAUAUAUUUUUAACAAAUUUGCAGAUCCUCGGUUAAUUCAACUUUGGAAUUAUUUAGAAGAAAAAAUAAAGAAUAAAAAGAAAAAAAAAAGAUAUAAUAGAAAAAUAGAAAAAUCGCUAAGUAUUAUUGCGUCAAGUACGAUUUGGAUUGUGUAUGUUGAUGUAAAUCGUUUCGUAGGCAAAUUUUUUGUUUGGUUUUUUUCUUUCAAUGAUUCGAUGAAUCACCAGAGCUUAAACUCCACGAGGCAAUCUUAAAUCUUAUACUACAAUUAAACUAUACUAUACAUAUACAUAUAAUAAUGUAAAAUGUCAUAUGACGAAACUCUUCUUCCUGGUUUGGCUCGACACUGCACACAAGAGCGUGAAACGAACCAAAUAACAAACAAAUAUGUCAAUGAUUUUGCCUUUUGUGUUUUGUACGCAAUUUAACAGAUGUGAAUGUAUAUAUGCAAGGUAUUCAAUUUUCAACGAAGUGUUAGAUUAUCCUGAAAACAAUUCGUUGCCUGGAAAAUAGUUCGAACGAAAGUUGCAGGUUUUCGAGGGGCAGACUAAUCAGUGAAAUCCAGUUCAACACUAUGAAGCGACAGAAUGAUGGCUCAGUUUUUCCAAUGAUUUUUCCCUGAACAUGAAACUCGAAUUUCGUUUUCUUUGUGAGAAAUAACAAUUGUGUUUGUUUUCGUAAAAAAUCGAGCAAAGAACAUCAACCAAAGUGAAAUUGGUCCUGCAAGCUUCGUUUGGGAAUGAACUGCGACUUCUAUUUCUCACAAAAAAAAAGAAAUUUCAAGAGCGUUUUCGGGACGAUCGAACCCUUCAUUCGAAAUGGGACAUAUCCUAUGGAUGUACUUUUGUGAAAAAAAGCGAAAAAAAUAAACGAAUAAGAUGAAUAUUAAUGAAUAGUUGAAACGGCCCUCAAUAUGUAGUAGAUGUUCAAUCCCAGAGGGAAUUGUGGAUUAAUCAAUUUAUAUAGGUAGUUAUCAAGAACAAGAAUUGAUAAUUUUACAAUCAAACUCCCUAAGUGUAAAUAAUAAAUAAAUGUUAUGUUUUAUAUUAGAGGUCUUACCGCAGCUAGCACCAAAUGAAAUGCUAAAUUUAGAAAAACAAAUAAAAAUUCGACAUCCUCGUACGCGGAGAUUUGCACGUUGGCUGAAAAUACAUUUUAGUCUGCGGUCAACGAUUUGCACACCUAAAUAUCACGAGUAGAGCGCGAGGCAUAGAGCGUAUGAAAACGGAUACGAUAACCGAAAAGUACGUGUCCUUAAUUUUCGCAAUAUAUGUAUAUAUAUAUAUAAUUUUUUCUGAAGCAAGGAAUUAUUGAUCUUCAGUUUCAUCCUAUUUUCACUAUUUACAUAGCUACGAUAUCAUACUUCGACGAGCGGAUAAAGCGAAUUGAUUCAAUGUUCCAAAAUUUUUUCUAACGAUUUGAAUUUUCUGCAUCGAUCCGUGAUUCGCCGGGUUGUUUAUCUUACAUUUGAAUCCUACGCGAGACCCUGUAGAGAGUGAAGAGUACAGAUGAUGAAAAUUCUAAUAUAAAUCCGAAGGUUUUCUUCGCUCGUUCGAGAGUAUAGUUGUUCUGUCAUAUUAUAUGAUUCCUACGCAAAAAAAACCCAAACAAUAAUAGUCGUUAGUUAUUGUCUACGAUUUACGCUCAUUGUAUCUAUAAUAUUCAUGCAAAGAUCAGCACUGCCAGAGAUUCAUAAUAAAUACAAUAAAUAUAAUUAUGCAUACGAUAUGGGCGAGUCGCUCGUGCUGUAAGCGAGGGAAUUUGUAUACCACGAACGAAUCGCGACUCGUCAAUUAUUGUUAUAAAAACUGAAAAUAUAUUUUUCGUCAAUUUCAAAUACGACAAAUAAAUCAAAUGGUCUCUGAUUGAAGCUGCAGAUAGCUGUUGAAUACGGAGAGCGGUAGCUGUUGUAACUAUAUAGGUAUAUACAUAUUUACAUGGUAUUUUAUUUAUAUAUACAUAUGAAAUAUAUGUAUAUAAUAUAUUUGUGUUACGUUUAUUUCUGCGAGCCGAAAUAGAGCGAUCACUUUAAUCGAAUAGAGAGAAUAAUGAAGAACAUGAAAAUUCGAUCGCUCGAAUUGUCGCUGGUAGAAUUCAAAAUAUCAUUGUUAAUAUAAUUUGUAUCUACACUACGUCAAUAUAAAAAUAAAUAAAAAAAAGUUGGAUCAA